AUGAAGUUUGGUGCCAAGUUGCAAACCUUCGUGGUCCCCGAGUGGCAGGAUAAGUAUAUCCGCUACAAGGAGCUCGUUCGCUUACUCAAGCGAGCCAGCCGGCUGCGUUCCAAAAAGAUACCUGGUGUAGAAGAUGAAGAAGAACGUUCCUUGUUGCACAAUCUCUUUACUAUCGACGCGCAAGUGGUCGCACCGGGGAUCUUUUCGUCGGUAGGUAGCGCUGAUUUCUCCACUAAAACUGAGUGUGUCGAAGAGGGUCCUGCGCGAAGCCAAUCUGCAGGUCAUAUUCUGAAUCGCAGCGACCACUGCGUUGUGAACAUUCCGGAAAUAGAGUUCACCGACACCCAAUUGAUUCCCGACGGCGGCAAUGGAUCGUCCACGCCUACUGGCUCGCAUAUUACAUCGCAGCAAAUUGAUGGCUGGCCGCGCGAAGAGACCAUUGCCCGCAUCGCUGAUGAAUAUGAGAAGGAAGGAACGUUCAGCACAUCCGGUUUCCGUACCACUCCAGAAACAGAUUCACGUCUGCGUGUAGCACUGCAUAACUUGGAUCGAGUCGCCAAUGCCGCCGAAGGUGACACGGGCUCGUAUACAAAGACAAGAGACCACGACGAUCGACCUUCAACUCCUGUGAGUAAACCGUCGCCAGGCACCGCACAGAAGCAGCUCCCAUCCCGAAAGAGCGAGGAAUCUGGUCCCGGUGUUGAUGAUGCCACAUCUGCAUCGAAGCAUGAUGUACAUGCUGAAGAUAAUCGACCUAGUCAUCUAUACCAGAAUCGUUUAUUAACAAAGUCCCGAAGUUUUGCGUCUAAAGUCCGUUUAUGUUUCUCCAAGGGGUUUCGCCUCUGCCGAAGCGGGGCUCCAAGGUCCAGGUUCAACUUGAGGAGGAAUACACCCCAAAUGCAGGAUGAAUGUCUCGCCGUCUUUGACAAAAUCCUGAGGGACGACAUAAGAGUCGUAAUCAGUCACUAUGUGACCGAGAUGGAUUAUAUAAAGUCCUUGGUUAGUUUUCUCAAAGCAGACAUCCGCCGUCGUGGUUCCCAACUGGACAGCUCUUAUGCUGGUUUGAUUCGUAAAGCGUGUACUGCAUUUUGGGAUUCAGUCGACAAGUUGCAGUUCUAUCUAAACUUGAACACGCUAGCUGUGUUCAAGGUGCUUAAGAAAAAGGACAAGCUGCUGGCCACCGGCGACAUUUUCAACCUUUAUCCGACAUACAAGAGUAUCAUGUUGUCGCUCGACAACUCCCGAGGCAUUUUGGAUGAUGUUGCGCAGAUGUAUAAUUCGUUAAUGGAAGUGCCUGUCAUUGAGUUUGGUGCUCUGAAAAGUGACAUGGAAUCGACGUUGGAUAAUUUGCGUCCAAAGCCCGCUCACGGUUUAUUUUUUAUUUAUGGAUUGUGCACCGUUUUGAUUGCCAAUUCAUUGUUUUUGUGUUCCUUUGAGUUUCCGUUGCCUUUCGAUAUCAAGAUUUUGUUGUCCCAGAUAGCCGCGUUUAGGUUUUUCUUUGUAGUGUCCCUAAUUUGGUGGGGCUUCGGUUGGUGCCAGAACUAUCUCGAGUGUUUUGGAGUGAACUAUCAAUUCCAAUUCGGUAUAAGCAGUAACUACUCCGCGACAGAGAAGGAUUAUUACUUAAUGGGUGGACUUCAGACCCUGUCAUGCCUGGUGCUGUUUGUGUUCUUGCUGUUGGACUGCAAGUUGCACGUUGUCCCGACGCAUCACAUGUACUUCUUCUACCCCUUGUUGCUCAUAUUGUUCCACGUGGUCAUUGUUACGUGGCCUAAUCGCAAUCUGAAGCUUAAGUUGCGCAAGCGGCUUCUGAUCGCUGUUUUCAGGGUUGUUGGCGCACCGUUCGGUGCUGGGGAUAAGGUGACGCUUUCCGACAGUAUUAUCGCCGAUGUGUUAACUUCUCUCACUCGGCCGCUGCGUGACCUGGUGUAUAUGAUAACGUAUUUCGCGAUAGGCAUAUCGUCGGACCACAAGGUGGUUUCCCCUGUGGUGCAAAACUGGAUUGUGCCAUUUGUGAUGUGCUACCCCUACGUCGUACGUUUCAGCCAGUGUCUGCGCCGCUACCUCAAUGAGAAGCGCCUGCUGCACGUGGGAAACAUGAUGAAGUACGUAUCUGGUAUACUGUGCGUCGUGGUUUCCUCAAUAGACUGGGUUGCUCUCUUCCAAAUGAAGAUUUGGAUGCGCUACCUUCUGGUGAUAUCGUUCUACGUGGUCGCAACUCUGUAUCAGUGCUGGUGGGACUAUGUGGUAGACUGGGGUUUGAACAUCGGUUGGAAUAUCUUUAGGACCCGAAACAACAGGAUCAUGUACCGCCGGAACGCGUACUACAUGGCCGUCGUGUUCAACAUGAUGUGCCGUUGCACUUGGGCGCUCACUACUAUUCCGUUCUCCAUUAUGCGCGACCAGGAGCUCUCAUCCGAUAUUGUCUUCCUCAUCGUCUCCGUCAUCGAGAUCGUCCGACGUGUUGUUUGGGUCACCUUCCGGCUGGAGAGUGAACACCUGCUCAACUCAUAUAAGUACCGCACCGCCCUGUGGGUGCCGAAGCUGUACAACUGCAAGAACUUGAUCGUCAAGGAGAUGAAGAUGCUGAACAAUCAGCUGUAA